AUGUAUGGUGCCACCCUGGCAUUGUGUCAGUCUAUGUAUAGUGCCACCAUAGUGCUAUGUAUCACCCUAUGCAUAGUGCCACCCUGGCACUAUAUAUCACUAUGUAUAGUGUCACUGGCGCUAUGUAUCACUAUGUAUGGUGCCACUCUGGCACUGUGUGUGUCUACGUAUAGUGCCACCCUGGUGCUAUGUAUCACCCUAUGUAUAGUGCCACCCUGGCACUAUGCAUCACUAUGUAUAGUGUCAUUGGCGCUAUGUAUCACUGUAUGGUGCCACUCUGGCACUGUGUAUCAGUCUGUGUAUAGUGCCACCCUGGUGCUAUGUAUCACCCUAUGCAUAGUGCCACCCUGGCACUAUAUAUCACUAUUACAGUGUCACUGGCGCUAUGUAUCACUAUGUAUGAUGCCACUCUGGCACUAUGUAUGGCUCUAUGUACUCCUCUCCGAGGCAGCUGCACUCUAAGUGUCGUCAUCCUGGCACUCUAAACUGGCCCUCUUGCCCCUUAAAGCUACUCAGUUCUACCCUGGCACUCUCUAACCUACAUCACUAUGUCUAACUUACACCUGGCACACCUGGCACUCUAGAAAUGACAUUUGCAUCCCUCUGGCAUUCUGUAAAUUGCAUUGACAGUAGAGAGUGAGUUAUACGUGGCACUCUGAUGCCUUGGCACUACAAGGACUCGCCCUAUCUUACUUAAGAUGCCCAGAAGAAAUUUCAGAAGAGUGCCAAGUAGAGACAGAAGAACAGUGCCACAACUGUGCCCUUUAGUGUUCAGUAUCUUUCUUAGUGUUCAGUGUUCUCUGAGGCGUUAACUAAAUUUUUUAUAACUGGCCGUAAUUUUUAAGGAGGUGGAGCGGUAAGCCAGUGGAAGGCCUCGGUCAGAUGACCAAAAGCUCCAGCUGCAGGUCAUCAUAUGACUAAGACUCGCACCAGUAAACACCUGUCCUGUUUCCUGGAGAACUUUACCUAACCUAACAUGAUGUGCUGAUGAUUACAUUGAUCUAAUAGUGUUUUGUCGACAGGUGUACAUAUAUAUAUAUAUAUAUAUAAAAAUGUUAGGAACAUUUGUGUUUUGUUGGUGUGCGUGAGACAUGUUAGUGGUGCUGCCGCGGUCACUUCCAGUGGUGCUGCCACGGUCGCUUCCAGUGGUGCUGCCACGGUCGCUUCCAGUGAUACGUCGACAGUCACUUCCAGUGGUGCUACUGCGCUCUUUUGCAGUGGUGCUGCCACGGUCCAACUUAAAACAAUGUUGAAAAUUACCAUAACGGUGGUUCGUUGUUAAGAAAUGUUCUGAGGUCUCCUGAUCCCUUGUAGCCUCAGGUCUCUGCCCUGACCUCCACCGUGGAGGCAACAAGAGGCACUACACUGCCUUGACCUCCACCUUGGAGGCAGCGAGAGGCACUACAAAGAAGGUCCAGCCUUGCAUGAGUGCCUCAAGACUCGUCUGAGGUCCUGUAGUGAGUGCGUGGACAAGGGAGUAAGGAAAGAGCCACUCUCAUACGGUGCUUCAUUUCUGUAUUUGCUCAAUGUUAUCAUCCUGGUAACGAGAAUCAAAAAAUAUUCUCACUAGAUGCGCAGGUGCUCAACCCUUUGUGUGUGCACUUUCCUGUUAUCCCCAGUGCACCUAGCAACGAGAUAUAAAGGCACACCUCGGCAGGGUAAAGCGAGAGUGCACUAAACAUCAUGUGAAUGCACCAGGGAGUGAGGGAACACGAGAGUGCACCCUGGCUUUAAGACAAGACGUGAUUUUGAGAAGGCAAGACGGAGAGCCGUGACUGUAUCAGGCGACAGUGCACCAAGCAGCAAUGCAACAACUUGCAGUGCCACAGGCAGCAGUGCACUAGACACCAGUGCAUCAACCAGCCGUGCACCAGAGAGCAGUGCACAAGACAGCAAUGCAAUAGGCACAAGUGCACGAGGGAGCAGUGCAGCAGGCACAAGUGCACCAGGACGCAGUGCAGCAGUCAGCAGGGAGAGCCGUGAGGUGCAGGAAGCAGCAGUGAGUGCAGCAGGCAUCACGUGGAGCCGUGAAACUCACGGCUCCACUAUGCAUCGUGGGUCCCGGUGAAGCAGUGCCAUGGCCAGCCUGGCCGUGGGUUGAAGUGGCCCAGGUGUGUCAUGGAUGCUGGCCCCUGGCGUGGAAUCAGAGACGCCAUCUUGCGCCUGUGGACGCGGCGGGACGUCCCCAGGAAUGACGCCAAGGACGCCCAGGCGUCCAACCCCACGGACACGGUGACAGCGGCUGUAUCUACCGUGUCGGACACCAGUCUACCCCCACUCCCGGUCCCCGCCCCGCCCACCAUCACCACCCAGGGCGCCACCAGGACGCCCACCCUCCGUCUAAGGGCCCCGGGGGAAGCAGCGCCCCUGGAGGAGACGGAGGACGGGGAACUAGAAGGAGAUACCACCGUGUGCAAGGCCCAGGAGCAACUAGAUACCCUGAUACGUAACCGUGGGUACCUAGUGAAGGAACACGUACCCAGGAAGGUACUGGAGGGGCAGGUGAUGGAGAACAUACGCAGAAGGGAGAGGAUUGCUAAAAUCCUUCGUCAGGAGGAAGUGACACUGACCAUGGUGCCCGUCAACCCCGCCCUCACGGUGGCGGCUGCCACCGCCGCCGCCCACGCUGCCGUCGCCAACAGGGAACCGCCGCCGCCAGAACAUCCUGAGAGGUCAGCUGAGAUGAUGAACCUACUUACUAAGGUAUGGUCAGGCAAGGGAGCCAGCGUACAGGGCCGGGAGACAGGAGAGGUGGACUGGUCCAGGAGUCAGUUUGUACAAGAGUGUCUGGGGGAACAUAACAGACUUCGCUCACAUCACUCAGCACCCCCACUGGUGCUCUCUGAGGAACUAUGCAACGAUGCCCAAGCCUGGGCCAACCGCCUGGCACACUUUGGUCUCCUGGAGUAUAGUUCCGAACACGGGCGAGGCGAGAACAUUAUGACCUCUACUGCCAAGGAAGGUCUUACAGGGUACACUGUGGCUCAGGGCUGGUACCAAACUGGUCGCAACUUCAAGUAUGGCGUCAACAGCUCGGCGGACCUCGCACAUGCUGGGCCGUUCUCACAGGUGGUGUGGCAGUCAACCAGAGCUGUGGGUAUGGGCAUUGCCCGGGGUUCUGAUGGCCGCACAGUGGUAGUGGCACGCUACUUACCUCAGGGCAAUGUUGGAGGCCAGUUCAGCAGCAACGUGAAGCCUCCCGUAAGUGACAAUCCCCUCGCUAUCACCAAGACAUUGACACCAACAAUGUCCCGGACACGCCAGGAGGCGCAUUUCUAUGUCAGUAUCGCCCUAGAGCCUCCAGGGAAAAACAAGAAGGCAGAUAAAGAGAAGAUAGUUGCUGCCCUUAAACUACCUGCUAAAAAAGUGUUUGGGGAUGGAGGAGUGUCUGGGGAAACGCUGCUUCCACAUUCCACCACUAUUAACACCCUCAGCCCAACUUUUGCUGCCUGUCGCAAUGGUGCUGCCAGGACCUCAAAGUUAUUUCCCAUCUGCUGCGUGACUCCAGCCAAGACAGAGGAGCGGUGGGCGACUCCAAGUGCCCGCAGCCAACACCAGACACAGCAGCCACAGCAACAGAUCGACUUGGCCAUCAUCCGAAGAACAAUAGAUGAGCCCAGGCCUGGCACCAAGCUAGAUACUGGUGUACACCUCAGUGCAGAACCUUUACAAAAAUAUAAAUCUUGCCUUAGAACAUCGCCAAGAUUAGCAGCUUCACCCAGGUUAGGAGUUGCAGCUAGACUGGGAACCUCUCCUAAAAUGGCUGCGCUUCCUAAACUCGCCUCCUCCAGAACGACUGGAUCACCUAAGCUGGUCGCCACCUCUCGGUUUGGAGGGUCACCUAAGCGUGGGUCUCCUAAACGAUCAAUACUCCGGCGUGGUACUUCUCCCAAGCCUGGGUCAUCACCACGUCGAAGUGCUGCCUCGCGUCUUCGAGCACUGACGACUGCAGGAGAACAGAGCGUUAUUGUCGCAACACUCUAGCUAAAACCCAAACUAUGCAGGAUGAGUGAUUUCUUGUAUUGUUAAUAUUGUUAGUAUGAUGGUUCUGUGAACUAACAGAUAAAAUGAACAGAUUUUUCAGUGGAUUUGAACUACACAAAGUUGAACAUAAAUGGAAGCACAUGGUGAUGGAUGUGUACUUCAUAUGAGGCUUCAACAUAAGGGUGUAUGUGUAACGUUGGUGUAACUGAAACAGGUGGAUUUGAUCUAGGAGAGUGGCAAGAGUGUGACAGCCACAAGACUGUAACCAGUGACUGUAAGGCCUACACAAGAGCCAGACACACAUGUAACAGUGAGGGCAUGGCAGCACAAGUACUCAGCUCACAGUAUUCACUACCAUACACACCAUCUGUAGCUGUGAUCAUACUAACCAAAGCUCAUCUCAUUCACUUUGACAGUAUACAGACCUUCAGCUGAACUAGUUAUGCACACCUUGCCUGCGGUUGCAAACUUGGUGCUCUGGUGUUUUUGUGAGAGCAACUGAUGCAGAGUGGAGGUUAGUAAGUCUCAUUCCAGCUCAACAAAUAUACUUACGACACAUUACACCCAAGACAGCCAGGACUCUCACUUGCAAAAGAUAAGUUAUGAACAUUCGCCAGGUAGCAGCUGUAAUAAUUACCUCAGCAACUAUUUGUCAGGUCUUAUCGAUUCGUAAGUUUUAAAGGCUGCACAAAUUUAUCCAUAGGGAGAUCCUGAAUGUUCUUGGAGGUAAUGUCUUUUAGUCGUGAGUGAAACUUUCAAUAUAUCAGUAAGUGAUAAACAAAAUGUGGUAAUGAACUCUCUCGUCUAGUCGUGAAUUUAAGUGUGAUGCGACUCAGACCGAGAGUUGUAACAUGUUAGUGCCAAGAUAGGAUUAGUUCCUCUUUACUUAACGUGCUAAAAUAAUCAAGGUUUUUUUUAAUGAGUUUGGCCUUAAGGCUUCGUCGACCCCUGUGACCACCAGUAUCACAGGAUAUUUUUAUUAAUUAAAUCCUAGUUCUACCACCGUCGUUGACAUGACAGGACGGCGUCCCUAGAUGCUGCUGCUAUUAUCCCUCAGUGCUUAGUUAAUUGAACUUGCUCAUCAGGGCCUGUGGGGACUACCUUGCUGGGGGAGCUUUGGCAAAUAAAAUUAUUAGUGGGGACUGUAGAAUUAUUUAGGUGGCCUUAUUAAAGGGUACUAUGAAGGUGAAUUUGGUAAAUAAUAUUAGAAAGAAAUGAAGCUGAUUUUGCAGUGAUGUCCUGCGGAGGAUAAUUCUCUGUGGGACAUUUACUCUCUAAAGUGUUUUUUAGAGAUUAAUUUAUUCUUAAAAAAGCUAUAGAGGAUACCAACUGACUGUUAACUUACUUGAUGGUCUUUAUGAUAGGAGGGAUUGUUAAGGUGAACUCUUUAGCUGGAGUACUUAACAGGUAGAAAGUUAUGGUAAGGAGAGUAAAAAGAAAAAGUGUUGGGAAUAAGAUAUAUAAAUCUAAGGAAUUAGUUACACAAUGUGGAGAGGAAAAGUUACACUAGGAAAAGGUAGGUGAGAGGCAAGGAGAAAAUGAUUAAGAUCAAACUAAAUGUGAAUGUUUGCUGCAAUCAGCACUUAGAAACUAAUGUAGCAAGCAAGGAAAAUAAUGUACAAGAGGAACAAUGGAUGUACAGUAUUUGCUUCAGUCUAUAGACGAGAGAAGAACAGAAAGUUGGCAGCCUCCGUUACGAGAAAAAGAUUUAAAAAUGUCACAAAUCGAAGCACCUCAUCAUAGUCCCCUUUAACAAGCUCUCGCCUCAACAUUUGCUAUAUACUGUAGACCAUUAUUUAUAAGUCCAAGCCUUCACGUCUUGUCAAAAUUGCACUAGUAGGACAAUUUAGAAUAAGAUAUUUUAGCUAAAAUAAUGAGGGCAGUUUUGCGAGAUUGGUCCGGUUACUUCGGAAAAUUAAAAGUUGUGAUAUUAGCACUUGAGAUUGUCUGGCUAUCAAUAUAACUCAUCAUGUUCAGAAGGACAUGUACCUCCAUUAACCUCUUUGUGGUGCUGGCUUUGUGUCACAACACCCAGUUAACUUUUGAAGACUUAAUUAAGCUCUCUUUUUCUACAUAUACAGUAGAUAAAUACAUACAUGCUUUUAAGUCGAACUUUCCAACUUGGUGUAUUAAGGAACGAUCGUCUUGCCACACAGACUAGCCAAAUAUAUAUUCACUUUCUGCUGUAGCUCCGUUUUAUGUGUAUGGUUAGAUAGUCACAUGAGCAGACAUGAAAUGCAGUUUUUCAUUGUGCUGCUGAACUAACAGCGACCUGAUCUAACCUUGUUAAAAUUAACCUAAUGUAGUUUAAUCUUAAUCUAACCCAUCUAAGGUCAGUUUCAAUAUAGUAUUAUUUAACAUCGCAGAUUACCAGCAUUCAGGACAGGUUAGAGAUGGUCAGUAACCACCCCAAUCACGAGUUUUUAUGGAGAACUCAGACUUGACCAGCAGCCAAUUAUUAGAAGACCUGCCCAGUGUUCUGGUUGGAUUAUUAUUAUUAUAAUCAAAAAGAAGCGCUAAGCCACAAGGGCUAUACAGCGCUGCAGGGCAGGAAGGAAGCGAGGGCAUCAGGUGGCAAAAGGGAGAUGGAUGAGUAAUAGGUUACGGAUGUUCUGGUUGGAGAACCUUUAUGACUGGUGCUGUGACUUAACAACAACUAGGUAAUCCCAGACCAGUCACUGCUGAAUUGUUACACUCGCUAGUUAAGAAUUUUCAGCAUAUUGAUAAGUGAUUUAGAAGGGACAGAUGCUAAAACUAAUUAUUGGCUACUCUUUGAGUCAGAGGUCCCCCAUAAAAACUUGUAAUCAAGUUGCAAUUAAUGACCAUCACCAGCCUCCCCAUAAUUCUGACUGAGAAACCCCUGAGAUUAGCUAAGUGUCUGAGACGAUGUUCAUUACAAAUUUUCAUCACAUCAGUAAUACGUAUUUUAAUGAUACUCAGAAUUAUUUUUGUGGAGUUAUUGCGAAAUUUAAUUUAUAUUCGGCUUGUUUGGCAAAAGAGCCGCUGCUUAAUAAGCCAAGAUCACAAGAUCUGCCUAAUAAGUAUGACAUAUAUUUAUAAUUCAUCAUUAAAUUGAUUGAUGAAAUGUGUGCAUGUACAAACACACAUGCAUGUUCACGCAUUAUGCUAUACACUGUACAGUACAUCUGCAUAAAAUCAUACUAUUCAUCAAGAGUGUAAAAAGGAAGAUAACUCAGCCUUAGGAGAUAAUCUGUGAUGGUCACCCAUACAUUUACACAUCAUGGUAAAGGCUGACUUAGUUUUCAGGACUGAAAAUUACUGCAUUAUCACAACCCCUUUUAUUUUGUUUUGUAAAAAUAACAUAGUCGUUGUUAUUUAAAUGAUGGUUGUAAUAUUUUUGAGUGGAACUUUUUUUUUUUUUUUUUACCCUUUGGCACUUUUUCUUGGCCAUAUAUGCACAUGUACCGAUUAUUGACAAAGUCUACCAUUCUUCUACUAUGGAUGUUCUUUUUCAUCAAAUCUUAUAGCUUUACAAAGAAAUUCUCUAUAUUUCACCUGCUUGCUACUGUUCUCCAUUUUCCUGUUCCUGGUCAGACCAAGUUAAAUGAAGAAUUAAACUCUAAUAAUCAUCAUAAUUCAUUAACUCUUAGCUGAGCUCAAGACUACAUGAAGGUCAUUGAGGUUGUAGAUAAAUGGUUCAGAGUACCGACAAGUUGAUAAAUUAGACACGUGCAACACUUGGGCAUCUUUACUGAGGAAAUGUUUUGCCAUACAGUGGCUUCAUCAGUCCAAUACAAAGGAGAAUGAAGACAUGAAGAAGUUUGAGGUAAUCAGUCCUUCAACCUGAAGUCGAUGUAAUCAAUCUAUCAGUCUUGAUUGCAUCAAUGUACUCAGUCCAUCAGUUAAGAUAGAUGGACUGAGUACAUCGACUCCAGGCUGAGGGACUAAUUACUUCAACCUCCUCCUGAUUGUCACCAUUCUCCUUUGAUUGGAGUAAUGAAGCUGCUGUGUGGCAAAACAUUUCCUCAAUCAAGAUACCCAAGUGCUGUAUGUGUCUAAUUUGUCAUUAAGGUUUACAGUUCUCCCGUACAGUACCAUCAGGAAAACUAAUCCUAAGAAAGGGAUUCAAGUCAACUCUCAGUGUAGAUAUUAUCGUAUUCAUUGUAAGUCCUGAAUCAUUGUAUAUAGCAUACACUGAGAGACAUCUUUUGGUUUACAUAGUGGCAUCCCUUCAAAGAGGGUGCCCUGUGAUGGUAAAGGGCUCUUGAUCCAGGGAAUUUGAGCUACUCUCCCCUUGGACCAAACCUGAUUAUCUACCAUUCCUCUCGUGCUGUGUGAAUACAACAAGUUUAGUGCUUCCUUAUUAAUGUAACAAAUAAUACGUAAUUCAUUAAGUCAUGGUAUGACUUAUUAUUACUGUUACAUUUAUAGGGAAACUCUAAGCCUGUAGGGCUGACAGUGUUUGAGGAAGGGAAGAUAAGUAGGUUUGACCUAUGGAAGGAAAGAGUAGCUCCAAUUCAUUGGAUCAAAGCUCUUCAUCAGCCUCAAGCAACUUCCCUUGAAGAGAAUAUCAUUCAUUAACAAUCUUAAAGUUAUCUAAUGUACAGGCUACAUAUGUAGUAAUUAUAAGUUAAAGUUCCAAAAUGCAAAUUCUAUGUUUCAUAUUUCAAAGUAAUAAAUAGUUACAGGAUCUUUUUGGUAAUUGUACAUAUUUUGUGUGCAAAUGCUGUUAUAUAUAUAUAAUUUUUGCCACACAAAAUAGCUCACUUUAAUUCUUCAAAAUUGAAAGUUGCUAUUUUAUGUAAAUGCCUUUGUUGUACCACAAAUAUCAGAAUGCAAACAGGUGAUUCAGGUAAGGUUUUCUUAAUAUUGUACUGUAUAUUCCAAUUUAUAAUAUGUACUUAUAUAGAGCAUUAUUUGCACAUUUAUAUUUUGAAUAGUUUGUAUAAAUAAGCUCAAAAGUAACAAUUCAGGGUUUUAACAUGAGCUUUAUAUCAGAAAGUAAUGAGUUCAUAAACAUUCCGUUAUUCACUAGUAACAAGUGAGAAUUAUUCGAGACAUGUAGUACAGUGUUACGAUAUUUACUGGCGAGACAUUUCAGUGGUAGAAUUUUUUUUUCAGUGUUAUGCAGAGAUGAGAAUAAACAGGGUAUAAUAUAGUACAGUACAAGUAUAGGUAUAUUAAUGUUAUAUCAGCAUAUGCAAUAAUCAAGGCUUUAUAGGACUGAAAAGGCUAUCAGGAGAGAAACACCUCCAAUAAAUGUCAUUUUUUGCAUAUGUGUUGUAUGCCCACAGGACAUAUGUAGUGGUCAGAUGUUGGGGUCAGGUACAGAGGUUGCAGCCCCACCAAGACACUGCAGUUAGACGAGUAGUGGUCCUGCCCCCUUGCACUUGGCCCCACCAUCUGUGAACCAAUAUAUGUAUGUAUAUAUAUAAAUAUAAUUGAAAGAAUUAGAGGUAAGACAGAAUGUAGGAUUGCAGAUGAGCAAGGAGGUUUCAGAGUGGGUAAGGGAUGUGUAGAUCAAGUGUUUACAUUGAAGCAUAUGUGUGAACAGUAUUUAGAUAAAGGUAGGGAAGUUUUUAUUGCAUUUAUGGAUUUAGAAAAGGCAUAUGAUAGAGUGGAUAGAGGAGCAAUGUGGCAGAUGUUGCAAGUAUAUGGAAUAGGUGGUAAGUUAUUAAAUGCUGUAAAGAGUUUUUAUGAGGAUAGUGAGGCUCAGGUUAGGGUGUGUAGAAGAGAGGGAGACUACUUUCCAGUAAAAGUAGGUCUUAGACAGGGAUGUGUAAUGUCACCAUGGUUGUUUAAUAUAUUUAUAGAUGGGGUUGUAAAGGAAGUAAAUGCUAGGGUGUUCGGGAGAGGGGUGGGAUUAAAUUUUGGGGAAUCAAAUUCAAAAUGGGAAUUGACACAGUUACUUUUUGCUGAUUUAUACUGUGCUUAUGGGAGGUUCUAAAGAAAAAUUGCAAAGGUUAGUGGAUGAGUUUGGGAAUGUGUGUAAAGGUAGAAAGUUGAAAGUGAACAUAGAAAAGAGUAAGGUGAUGAGGGCAUCAAAUGAUUUAGAUAAAGAAAAAUUGGAUAUCAAAUUGGGGAGGAGGAGUAUGGAAGAAGUGAAUGUUUUCAGAUACUUGGGAGUUGACGUGUCGGCGGAUGGAUUUAUGAAGGAUGAGGUUAAUCAUAGAAUUGAUGAGGGAAAAAAAGGUGAGUGGUGCGUUGAGGUAUAUGUGGAGUCAAAAAACGUUAUCUAUGGAGGCAUGAAGGGAAUGUAUGAAAGUAUAGUAGUACCAACACUCUUAUAUGGGUGUGAAGCUUGGGUGGUAAAUGCAGCAGCGAGGAGACGGUUGGAGGCAGUGGAGAUGUCCUGUUUAAGGGCAAUGUGUGGUGUAAAUAUUAUGCAGAAAAUUCGGAGUGUGGAAAUUAGGAAAAGGUGUGGAGUUAAUAAAAGUAUUAGUCAGAGGGCAAAAGAGGGGUUGUUGAGGUGGUUUGGUCAUUUAGAGAGAAUGGAUCAAAGUAGAAUGACAUGGAAAGCAUAUAAAUCUAUAGGGGAAGGAAGGCGGGGUAGGGGUCGUCCUCGAAAGGGUUGGAGAGAGGGGGUAAAGGAGGUUUUGUGGGCAAGGGGCUUGGACUUCCAGCAAGCGUGUGUGAGCGUGUUAGAUAGGAGUGAAUGGAGACGAAUGGUACUUGGGACAUGACGAUCUGUUGGAGUGUGAGCAGGGUAAUAUUUAGUGAAGGGAUUCAGGGAAACCGGUUAUUUUCAUAUAGUCGGACUUGAGUCCUGGAAAUGGGAAGUACAAUGCCUGCACUUUAAAGGAGGGGUUUGGGAUAUUGGCAGUUUGGAGGGAUAUGUUGUGUAUCUUUAUAUGUGUAUGCUUCUAAACUGUUGUAUUCUGAGCACCUCUGCAAAAACAAUGAUAAUGUGUGAGUGUGGUGAAAGUGUUGAAUGAUGAUGAAAGUUUUUUCUUUUUGGGGAUUUUCUUUCUUUUUUUGGGUCACCCUGCCUCGGUGGGAGACGGCCGACUUGUUGAAAAAAAAAAAUAUAUAUAAAUAUACUCACAGUUUAUUCUUAAUCCUGUAUUGGAAAGAAAAAAAUAUCUCAUAAGCAAAAUGUCUCCUCAGUAAAUACUAUCCUAGUACUAAACAUGUCUUAUUUACAGACCUGUCAGUAUUUGAUACCAUCUUUCACCAAGACCAUGUAGGGUUGAGAAUCUGUGGGAUGAAGACAAUCCUUUGCAUUAAGCAUAUCACAGUAUGCUCUAGCCUUAGCCUUUGCAUGAGGGGUACAUUAUACUCUCACAGUUACCCUUGUGGUCAUUAUGCUCUUGCAGUUACCUUCACAUUAGUGGUGCAUUAUUUUCUUGCAAUUACCUUUGCAUGAGGAGCCUCAUGCUCUCACAAUUACAUCUGCAUAAGUGAUAUUAUGUUCUCAUAGUUGGAAAAUAUCUUAACAACAGCACAUUCGGUACAUGAUGGAUUGGAGAAGGGUUUAUGGCAUAGCUUAUUGAGAACCAAACUUGACAAUCUGUAUUAAAAAACAGCCAUUGGGAACUUUUAUGAUAUGAUGCCUUGAAUAUAGGAGAAAAUGUCUACCAGAAUAAGGACAUACCACAAUGUGCCAGUGUGCAAACAAAUUUGCUGUAAUUUCACUACAGAGGUCCUUUGUGCCCACUUCUUUGGCAAAAGGCCUACAAGCUAUCUUGAAUCUAAAGAUUUGAAGCUUGUAGCAAAGCAGUCACAGGAAUUAUCAACCCUACAGAAUUUUUUUCAUUCAUGCAAACAUUAAUAUUAUAGAAAUGACAGAUUAUCAGAAAUUUGUAAUUACUCAUAUAUUCACAAAUAGAUUUAUUAUUCCUAACAAGGUUUGGCCAUCUUCAUCUCUUAGACUGAUCAUUCCAGCUUCCGUUAAGCUAUUAUCUGCACACUGUUGGUAGACCUUCUAACAUGAAAUAUCGGUAUGAACAUUCAGUAACGUUGCCUUUAUUAAACUGCUAAUAAGUGCCUAACGGGUUACAACAGGUUUGGGCGAAACAUCAAUGAAUUUCUCUUGAUUAUCUGCUGCUAAACCCAAGAUGUUAAACAUUUGGUGCUGGAAAUGAUCAAAAUGGAUGAAGCUUAUGAACACUAUAUGUUCUUGUCUUUAGUAUCUUGACUGCCUAAAACUGUUGGAAAUCCAUGUUGCGUUUAAGCAUACCUAAACUGAGUAUUGUAACUGAAUAUUAUAGUUAUAAACUAUAUAUACAUAUAUAUACCCAUAUCAGCGAUACACUUGUUUAAACUUUUGCACCUCCCUUUAUAUUCAUACAGUUACUGCUGAUGUUUCUUAUCUUAGGCUAAUUCACUUCAUCUUGUUUAUAUAACAAUGCAUUUCACAUCUUACUCAGUUCCUCCUUCCUUCAUUGACUGCACACUUAGGAUUAUGGGUAUGCAUGCCUAGCUUUUAUGGAAUGAUAUUCAUUCCAAACUGAGAUGAUCAUUCCAUUUUAUACAUUACAUACAUUGUGGCUAUCAAAAGUGGCUGCCAUAGUUACUAGGGUACUUAGAAACUGCUGGUUCUCUUCGUAUAUAGCCAAAAAUAAUACUGUUUACCAACCAGCUGGAAAGAAUUGGAUAUACUAUAUUCAAUUCUUCUGUAGUAAAAAUUGCAUUGGUUUAAAACUUCGCCUAUUGAUACAAGUAAGCAAUACCUCUCUUCCAAAAAAUACAUAAUGAACCAUGACAUUUGUGUGAUAUCUCUCAGUAUAAACUCCAGACAUUGUGGAACAUGCCGCCUUCAGCUCUUACAUCACAGUGUAAUAACCCAAUGCAAUAAAUUUAGUACACAAUGGCAUAAGGGUAUUUCUCCUCCCAGUGGUUAGGAGGAAAUAUGACAUAAUUCAAAAUAAACUGUGAUAGUCAAA